AUGAUGGAGGAUGACCUGUUCGAUGCUUUCAAUGAAGAUCCUGCUGAACUGCCGGAUCUGCCGCUUGAAACUAUAGAAGAGGAAAAUGCGAAACUGGAAGAUGCAGGUACUAAUGAAAUAGCACCUACAACGUCCAAAAGAUCUAACUCGAAUCGAGAUGGAUCUGAUACAGAGCAAGAUAAUGCAGAAAAAGUCUCUUUGAAUAAAAGGAAGAAGCAAGAAAGAAAACAGAUCGAAGAAAAAAAGCAAUCCGCCGUUGUUCCUGUCGUAACGGAUGCGUUUGAGCAAGAGGCAUCUCGAGAAGUUAUUGCUUCAGCGGGACUUAUGGCCGAUGAAGUAUCCAAAUCAGAACAAGACGGUAAGGUCAAGCUGUCACAUCAGGUUCGUCAUCAAGUUGCUUUACCACCAAAUUACGAUUAUAAACCAAUUGGUGAGCAUGUCAGAUCAAAUGAAGCAAGAACUUAUCCUUUCACAUUAGAUCCUUUCCAAGAUACUGCGAUCUCUUGUAUCGAUAGAGGAGAGUCUGUUCUAGUGUCAGCACAUACAUCGGCAGGUAAGACUGUCGUCGCCGAGUAUGCCAUUGCGCAAUCUUUAAGAGAGAAACAAAGGGUUAUCUAUACAUCACCCAUCAAAGCUUUAUCCAACCAAAAGUACAGAGAACUUUUGGCAGAAUUCGGAGAUGUGGGUCUUAUGACUGGUGACAUUACCAUAAAUCCAGAUGCUGGUUGCCUUGUUAUGACAACCGAAAUUCUAAGGAGUAUGUUAUACAGGGGUAGUGAAGUUAUGAGAGAAGUUGCAUGGGUAGUAUUUGAUGAAGUGCAUUAUAUGAGAGACAAGGAACGUGGUGUUGUGUGGGAGGAAACAAUUAUUCUUUUGCCAGAUAAGGUUCACUACGUUUUCUUAUCCGCUACUAUCCCUAAUGCUAUGGAGUUUGCCGAGUGGGUUUGCAAAAUCCAUGUUCAACCAUGUCAUAUUGUGUACACCGAUUUUAGACCCACUCCUUUGCAACAUUAUUUGUUCCCUGCUCAUGGUGAAGGUAUUUACCUAGUUGUCGAUGAAAAGAGCACUUUUAGAGAGGAGAACUUUCAAAAAGCAAUGGCAUCUAUCAGCAGCCAAUCUGGUGACGAUCCAAAUUCUGUCGACUCAAGGGGAAAAAAGGGACAAACCUUCAAAGGAGGCGCUUCAAAAGGUGAUUCUAAGGGUGAUAUCUACAAGAUUGUAAAAAUGAUAUGGAAACGUAAAUAUAAUCCAGUUAUCGUCUUCUCCUUUAGUAAGCGUGAUUGCGAGGAACUGGCGCUUAAAAUGUCGAAAUUAGAUUUCAAUACUGAGGACGAAAAGGAUGCCUUGACAAAAAUUUUUAACAAUGCUAUCGCCCUAUUACCUGAAGCCGAUAGAGAAAUUCCUCAAAUCAAGCAUAUCCUCCCUCUUUUAAGAAGAGGUAUUGGUAUUCAUCAUUCUGGACUGCUUCCAAUUUUAAAAGAAGUUAUUGAAAUCCUUUUCCAGGAGGGGUUUUUGAAAGUCUUAUUCGCCACGGAGACCUUUUCUAUCGGAUUGAAUAUGCCUGCAAAGACAGUUGUUUUUACCUCUGUGAGGAAAUGGGAUGGACAGCAAUUUCGUUGGGUUUCUGGUGGUGAGUAUAUUCAGAUGUCUGGACGUGCAGGGCGUCGUGGUUUGGAUGAUAGAGGUAUUGUCAUUAUGAUGAUUGAUGAAAAAAUGGAACCACAGGUUGCAAAAGGCAUGGUAAAGGGUCAGGCAGAUAGGCUUGAUUCAGCUUUCCAUCUUGGUUAUAAUAUGAUUUUGAACUUGAUGAGAGUCGAAGGUAUAUCUCCUGAAUCCAUGUUGGAAAGUUCAUUUUAUCAAUUCCAGAAUGUAAUUUCUGUUCCUAUUAUGGAAAAACAGCUUGCUCAAUUGAAAGCAGAGGUUGACAGUAUUCAAGUUGAUGACGAAGAAAAUGUAAAGCAGUAUUACGAUAUUAGGCAGACGUUGGAUGGUUAUAAUGAAGAUGUUCGUCAUGUCAUGACUCAUCCAGCAAACGCAUUGAGUUUUUUGCAACCGGGGAGAUUGCUGAAUAUCAACAUUGGUAACAAAGAUAAUUACGGAUGGGGUGUAGUAGUAGACUUUGCAAAAAGAAUGAAUAAGCGGAGUUCAAAUGUAGAGUUCACAGAUCAUGAAUCUUAUAUCAUCAACGUUUUAGUUAAUACCAUGUAUGUGGACUCUCCAGUUAAUUUGAUAAAGCCUUAUAACCCUAGCUUCCCAGAGGGCAUACGUCCUGCUAUCGAUGGAGAGAAAACUGCUUGUGCCAUACUUCCGGUGACUUUAGAAUCUAUCCGUAGAAUAGGAAAUAUCAGACUUUUUAUGCCUAAGGAUGUCAAGGCAGGUGGUCAGAAAGAGACCGUAGGAAAAUCGCUAAGCGAAGUUAGCCGAAGAUUUCCUGAUGGAAUUCCUUUAAUUGAUCCAGUCAAGAAUAUGAAGAUUGAGGAUGAAGACUUUGCAAAAUUACUCAGAAAGAUCGAAGUGCUAGAAUCAAGAUUAUACUCUAAUCCGCUCUCCCAGUCAGUAAGAUUAGGUGAGUUAUACGAAAAGUACAGUAGGAAGCACUCUAUACAGGCCGAAAUGAAAAAUCUAAUACGUAAGAUAAACGAAUCGCAAGCCGUGAUCCAAUUGGAUGAUUUACGGCGUCGUAAAAGAGUACUGCGUCGAUUGGGAUUUUGUACGCAAAGCGAUAUUAUAGAGCUAAAGGGUAGAGUGGCUUGUGAAAUAUCGAGUGGUGAUGAAUUAUUACUCACGGAACUUCUUUUCAAUGGUAACUUGAGUGAAUUGAAACCAGAACAAGUCGCUGCUUUGCUCUCUUGUUUCGCUUUUCAGGAACGUUGUAAGGAGGCACCCCGUCUAAAACCUGAAUUGGCCGAACCAUUGAAAGUUUUGAAAGAAACUGCAGCUAAAAUUGCGAAAAUCAUGAAGGAGUCUAAAAUAGAGGUUGUAGAAAAGGAUUACGUAGAGAGCUUCAGGCAUGAAUUGAUGGAGGUUGUCUAUGAGUGGUGUAGAGGAGCGAGCUUCACACAAAUAUGUAAAAUGACAGAUGUUUAUGAAGGUUCUUUGAUAAGAAUGUUCAAAAGGCUGGAAGAAUUGAUCAAAGAGCUGGUAGAUGUUUCUAAUACAAUUGGAAAUGCUGCAUUAAAGGAAAAGAUGGAAGCUGCCUUGAACUUAAUACAUAGAGAUAUUGUUUCGGCGGGUUCACUAUAUUUAUGA